AUGGUCGUCCUCCUCAAGCUUUGGCUUGGCCUGUUGUUUUUCGCAAUCACGGCUCAAGCUCUGCCACCAUGGCGCCUUCAACUCCGUGGAGCAGCUCCCCUUCCUUCCGAAGACCCCUUCUACCGACCCCCUGAAGGCUAUGAGAAUGCUGCGCCUGGUGCUAUCCUGAAGCAGCGCAAAGUCCCCAACCCCAUUGCCAUCUUGGGCAAAAUACCUGUGAAACUAAAGGACGCCUACCAUGUCAUGUACCGCACAAGCGACAACUUUCGCAACGCAACCGUCGCCGUGACCACAAUCCUAAUCCCCGAGAAGCCCAAUUACAAGAAGCUCCUCUCCUUCCAGGUCGCGGAGGAUGCCUCCUCUCCGAACUGCGGCGUCUCUUAUGCCGUGCAGAAGGAUCACCAAACCGGCCCAAAGCUUGGAACCAUCGUCACCGAAGCUGAAUUUCUUCUCAUGAUCGCGGCCCUGAACAACGGGUGGGUCGUGACCGCCCCUGAUUUCGAAGGGUUGGAAGGCUCAUGGCUCGCCAACUCCCGCGCGGGCUACGCUGUCCUCGAUGGUAUCCGUGCAAAUUUGGCCUCAACCAGUUUCACCGGCAUUGCAAAAGAUGCCACUAUCACUAUGUGGGGGUAUUCUGGCGGUAGUCUAGCGAGUGGCUUUGCUGCCGAACUUCAACCCAGCUACGCACCUGAGCUGAAGAUUGCCGGUGCAGCACUUGGAGGAACAGUUCCCAAAGUCAGCACCGUUGUUCAAUCUGUCAAUAAAGGCUUUUUCACUGGCCUGAUACCCGGCGGUAUCUUUGGACUAAGCAAAGACUACCCUGUCAUCAGGAAGGUUAUCGAUGAGGAGCUCGUCCCUGAAAAACGAGAUGCCUUCAUGAAGGUAGCAGAUCAGUGCUUUACGGCCAACAUUGCCGACUUUGCAUACCAGGACAUGUUGACUUACCUCAAAGACCCAAAAGUCUUGACACGACCAGACCUAGUGGCUAUCAUGGAUGAAAACUCAAUGGGCAAGCACAUUCCCAAGAUCCCACUCUUCAUUUACAAGGCCGACAACGAUGAAGUCAGUCCUGCCUCCGAAACCAAUGCCCUUGUGAAGUACUAUUGUGACAACGGAGUCAUCGUCCACCACAACCGCGAUUUGACUGCAAAGCACCUACUUCUGGCUGUCACCGGUGCGCCUGAUGCCUUGAACUGGCUUGCCGAUAGAUACGCGGGGAAGUCUGUUGGUACCAAAUGCAAACAGACCAAGGAAUUCAUCAGUUUCUUAGACCCUCGCGCCCUGAGAGUUCUCAGCUUUACUCUUAUCAAGGAGUUCCUGGUGUUGUUGGGCAAACCCAUCUCAGGCCUCAACUUUGCCCAUUAA